AUGUGGUGGUGGAGGUUAACAGAGUGGUGGCCGACCAGACGAACGGGAAGUUGAAGGAAGACUUGUGGUCUUGGAUUGAGAGUACCCAGAUUCCAACGACGGCCGGGUUCUCCUUGGCGGGGGCAUCGGGGCUAAGUAGUUCGCCUGGGUUUGAUGUUUACGGGAGUGAUUUCAGGUAG